UCUCGCACGGCACGCAAAACUCAUGCGCACACACUCUCAAACUCUUACACAAACUACGACAACGACGUCGACGACGACGACGACGACGACGACGACAACUACUACUACUACUACUACUACUAGUUCUCAGCUACUUACUACCUGGCCAGUUGUAUACAUGCACAGAAAAAGAAGUCGGGUCGCUGGCCGGCAGCGGCAGUUCAAGCUGAAGCUAUACAGCUAAGGAGCCAGUCUAUGUAAAGAAACGAGCACCCAUUGGCGGCUUUCGUUGUCUUUCCGUUUUCCUGCCUGCGUCGCUAACCCGGCCAACCAUCGAGUAGAUAACCAAGAAACGCAAGCGACGCCGAUUACGCUGUAGUAGCUACGAGGAAUAGAAGGCAGGAGGUGUUCGAGCGGAUCAACGAACAAAUUGUGCCUAGUCCCAUGUUGCCCCGCUGUCCGUGCGUACGUUAAAAGGCGACAGCGGUAACGGUAACAACAGCCGAUGAACGAAAAGCCGAGCGAGCGUCGACGAAGGCAGCUGCAGCGGCGACUGCAGCGACGCUGGGAUUUUCAAGUAGUUGUUGUAGUACUUCUGCUUCUACCAGGCGAUCGAGAGGUGACUGAGUGAGCGAGCGAGCGAGCGAGCGAGCGAGUGAUGCUACGCAGGCUAUGUAACAAAACAAAAGUUAUACGAGAUGUGCCCACGUAGCCCGAAGAGGUAACUGCCACUGAAGUGAGUUGAGAGAAGCAGUCUGAGGACCUUUUAGGACGACCACGCUCAGUGAUACGAUAUCGUGCCUGUGCCUCGCAUACACAUCCAGAUACAGACACGCACACAUUGAUAGAAUAGAGGUCGAGGUAUACACAUAUCUUUGUUACGAGUCCACGAUCGUGGCGGGAGCAGCGAGUGGUGCUUAUGCCGCUAUUCGAUCCCUUCGAUAGUUUCUAUUAACGUGAAGUUGAUAGACGAACACAUACCCAACAAAGUUGACUGGCCCAUGUGUGAAACAGCAGCGACAAGAACAACAGCAACAGUGUUUGAGAAUAUGUCGUAACCGGGAAAGGCGCUCUUGCGCUAAGUAAGACCGGUCUUAUUCGACAUUUAUUGCCUUCUUCGCCGACUGUUUCACUGCUCAGUCCCAUCUGCUCGAAGCAACAAACGGCACCAGUUAAUUAUCAUGUUCAGUUAAUUGUUUUACUUAAACUUUUUCGGUGUUUAGAUCGCCAUUGCUUUAUUGGUGACAAUGUGAUUCCAGCCAUGGUAGUGAUUGGGUGCGGAUGUGAGGGUUACGCGAGUCUCGUCCUUAGUCACUUUUAGUGUGGGUAGCUGAUGCAAGUUGCGAAAUGGGCGGUUAAGUCUCAAUCGGUUGGCGACUGUUCGGGGGUGGUGUCGUGCCGAUACGACAGCGUAGCGUAGGCUACUCACGAUAGAGGAGUCUGGGAUAGGAAGGAAGAGGAGUAUUUCGAGGUCGAGCUGAGUAGCGUCGCGUACAACAGCAACAAGUUAUUAUCGAAGUGCAACAGGUUAAGCAAACAAAUGAAGGAUCGUGUCGUGUGCGAUUCGGAGUAGUGACCAAAUGAGUCCACCUCUGCGGGAUACAUUAGGCUAUUCUAACGAUCAUUAUACGACGAUCAAAUUCAUAUCUUCGCCAAUAUUAAUGCUACCGUUAUGCAAGAUUGUACUGGGCUGGCUAUGCCUUUCCUCUUCAGUAGCCAUUCGCUUGUCACUGGCUUACCACAUCAUGUCCUUUAUUAAUCCGUUCUACUGCUGCCGCCGCCAUUGAUGAUUUUUGUGAUAAUGGCAAUGGUAGCGACAAGAUACAUUGCGGCCGUCGCAUAGUGUAUCGUGUCACUGGUACAGAACCACUGCUGUUCUUGGCGCGUGCUGCUCACUGCCUUUGACACUGCUGUGGUCUUUGGCCGUUUCUUGUUCGCUCGUUCUAUGCAGCACGACGACGACGACGACGAUAAGGCCACGCACGCAGCAGCAGCAGCAGCUGCAGCCAACAAUGGGCAGCGAUGAGCAUUAGUAUGUGCUGCCGUGAACUCGGCGGAGGCGAAAACCAAGAACUAUCGUUAUCGCUACCGCCAUCCCCGCAACGCUAGCGGCAGACGGGCAGGCAAAAGCUACGGCCGCUCUACUUGCCUUGGCUGGCUGGCUGGCUGGCUGGCUGGCUGGCCGACCGACUCCCUGGCUCUCUGAUUAGUCGAAAGCGAAGCUUUUUUUGGUGGUCUUUAGUGCUACCACUAGUAUACGUAUAAUCUGUAUUUACGUGGUAGCUCUACCAACGCUAUGAUCGUUCUAGUGUUACUUCAUUCAGUUAAAGUUUAGCUUAGCUUGAUCGGACGGUCCGCUAGUCUAUGCUGUUGCUGGUUUCGCCCAUUUAUAAUACGAUAUCGAUUAGCUCUGUAUAAUAGCAAUGACAGCAAGAUAUAGAACAGCGAGCGAAACACAAAUAACAAAAAGAAGAAGAAGCUACAGACCGAUGCUGCUGUUUCAUUUCAGUGUGAAAACUAUUCGAAUCCUACGUACGGUAAGUGACGUUGUUAAGCAUUACUCAAGACGACUGAUGGGCCUUUUUGUAUCGAAACGUAAUGUUCCUAUAUGCGCCUAGCCUAUUCCACGCGUCCCUAAGGACUUCGUCGCCAGACGCGGCCGGUGCUGUAAUUUUAAACUGAAAUACUGUAGUUAUCGAUGCUGCUGACAUUGAUGUCGCUGCCGCCUCGAACACCAAGAACCUCCGGCGGUAAUAGUGGGGCUUUUCUUUGAGGGGCUUAACCUUCAGCGGGUUAACUAAGUGAUGGACUGCCGACUCGCGUCUGAGAAGCACGAUCACCGUUGCCAGUGUUCCAUUGCCUGAACCGUCAGCUCGAGCCACCAUCGACAACUCGCGCAUGCUGGCGAGCUCUUAUUUCAGUGCGGCUGCUGACUGGGAUCGUGUCCACGAACGUUAGCCGUAACCACGCUACAUGCGUACACACACAGAAACACAAUUGCAGCAAACGAGUUUGCGGCCGAGGCCGUUGUCUGCGUGUGGGAACAGUGAGCAGCGCCACCAGAUACGCGCGUCCGCUCCACCCAUAUGGCUUCCAACCUCCUACAGGGCUUAACUCGUAAUGGGCCGGGUCGCUAGCAGGCGCCUAUAGGCAGGGUGAACGAACAGCCACAACACGCGGGCGUCCCUAGCAAACCACGGUUCAGGCGAGGUGUCGACUGUCAAGACGCCAGGGAUUCGGGUAGCGUUCUUAACCGAUAUCUGCAGCAGCAGUAGACACUAUCAGAUACUAUGGGCCUAGCACACCACACGACGUAAGCCGUGGUUAACGGCCAAACGCUACCUGCUCUAAUUGCUUAUAGUAUAGCUGGCGUUGCGGCACGCGUGUUCUGUACGAAUAUAUCCCGUUCGCGUCGGGCAGACAAAGGGCGUACAAACAUAGAAAAAUAGACACAGCCACAGACAGACCAAUGGGUAAAGGUGAGUGACUUAAUUUCAUAUUGUUCACUUUGCAAUGUCGCUAUAUUUCAGCAUAGCGAGUAGUGCACUCGACAACUGUUAGAAGCAGCUCGACGUCACCAUCAAUUAUUUGCGCUCAAUGGUCUUUGGUGGCUGACGCAACUAUAUCGGCCACCCGAGAUCGACUUGGCACCAUUAAAUCAUCAUUCAAGUGGCCGCAGUUGACAUUGUGCGACAAAGUAAUACCUAUAGCUGAUUGGCUGGCGGGCUGGCUGGCCAUCUUUUAAAAGUAAUUAGUGUGAUUGUGACAAGGCUGAGCGGUGCUGGUAAACGCCUCUAUCUAAUGAACUUCCUGCUCUAUCGGCCUGCGUACCGCACGCAGUAUGCACGCAGUUUGCACGCAUUUCCUUUCAUCUAGACGUCUCAAAUAUUCGUUAGGGUCCGCGCGGGUAUCUCCUGAAAGAUUAAUACCAAUAGAAUCAUAGAUUCUGUUACUGCUGCAACGAUCACUGGAACAAACGAGGAUUGCACUACUGUUAAUGGGCAGGACCAACAGUUGAGCCAACGACGUUCACUCACGCUUUCUACUAUUCCGGUGUAUGCGUGUUGCGCGUCAAAGAUUUGAAAAUCAUUAUCAGUCACAGUGAUCCGAAGGAGAAGAACGGCGAAUAGAGGGUCAUCAGUCGAUGUGUUUGGCAAUGUCCUGCUAUCAACGGUUAAAUUAGAAUUGUUACUCAAUUCAAAAGAGUGAGAUCGAUUAAAAUUCGACCUGAGUUGCUAUGCCAUUAGUAAUCGUUCAGUGUGGACAUUGCGGAAGUGGCUGGAGAAAAAUGUUCUAGAUGAAAGUCCAACGACUGAACUCUGCAAGGUGGGCUGAGCGCGUGCAAGAAGCGACAUACGAAAAACCCGCUCAGUAUAAAAAGAAAAGCCAUGCACUCCACUGAUGCUGGCUGAAUGAAUUGAGUAACACAGUUCGGGAAAAUAUCGCGGGAAAUGGGAGCUGGUUAACUGAAAGGUGUCAUCAAGGGGGCGAUGUCCAAUAACAGCGCACAAGUUCAUCAUCCGAGUCGAGAUACACUACAGAGGAGUGAGAUAAUGUGACUAAAUAUUUCCCUUGUCUUCUUCUAGCAACUUUGACAAUCGUGUUGAUAUAAUUGCGUAGUGAUAUGAUCACAAACCGAAGCGCCAACUGGAUCUCAGUGGCCACACUUGUUGAGUAUCGUCAGCGAAACAAGGAUCAGCUGCAGGUUCAAGACGUUUGUCUGCAUCGAUCAUCACUUCUGUUGGUGUCAUUUGUUUUCAUACCGUCUUUGCCAUUACCAUUUUCUUCAUUUAGCCCAUAUGAAACAGACAGAAACCGGCAGUGUGACCAAUCAACACGCACAAACAAUAGGCGUUCGCGUUUUGUGGAUGGCAUCGUCAUCGACAACCCGAUUCUAACAACUAUCGGACAUUUAUCCCUGGGCUACUCUCUUCGACGUAUACCGAUCCGGCGCAAUCAUACUGUAAGCACUAGUGCCCGGCAUGUCCAACCCAGCUCCGGAGCGCCCGGAGUCCACCAUCAACGUUGUGGACGACGACGACAGGCCGGAGACCUCUUCAGCCAGUAACGGAACCGGAGCUAAUUAUCUAGGCGCAUUUCAUACCGCUGCUGCAAUGAGUCCACCAAUCGCACCGGCUCUCCAGCAUAAAUUGGGCUGGCCGCUUACGUUCCCCGGGCCAUACGGAAAUGCACCGGCCAGUCUCAAGCCAACCAAUGACAUUGCAAACCGUUUUCAACUGCUCAAUCGAGCCUUUCCUCCGAACUUGGUCGACAAUCAACAAGCUCUGUUUCGAGCGAUGGCCCACGCGCAAGGCCAGAUAGGAUAUGGGUCCGUUCCUUUCGUGCAACACACUGAGCCGUUAGCAAAAGCUUUCGACGUACCCUUUAGGGCACCUGUUUUCGACGCCACUGCCGCUGCCGUCGGACGCCAGUUCGUCGACAGUCUUGGUCAGGCGAGACCUUUGGUGGUUGAUCGAACAGUACCUGUAUCUUCAAUCGAACCUGCCACCUUGAACCAGAGCUCACAACCACAGGCAACUGCCGCCGAAAAGGAUCAAGGUUCUAGUGUAGGCUCCACGCGUAAACCGAACUGCGCGCGCUGCCGAAACCAUGAUGUAAAGGUGGCAGUAAGGGGACACAAACGUCAUUGUCCCUACAGAGAUUGCGAGUGUGACAAGUGUAUAUUGAUUAAGGAACGACAGGUGAUUAUGAAAAAGCAAGUAGCAUUGCGGCGCCAGCAAGAGCAGGACGAGCAAAUGGGUUAUACUGUGGUACGCACCUUGCCUACAGUUGGCGCCAGCGUAUCGGACUCGCCGCCGGCACCUCUAACGCCGACAACGCCCACUGCCGCCUCAACUCCUACGUCAGGUCCUUCGCCAUCGCCUGCGGUACCAACAUCAAGUCCUGUUGAGGUAGCCUCCGUCGGCGACGUACUUUUAGGCGGGUCGUCCGCUUGUCCAGCACCAAGUAAUCUCGGCCUCUCUAACUCAAGCUUCGUUGGACCUCUUCAAAAUCUUCAAAGCGUCCGUGAUAUACCCUCUGCGCCCAGCUCGUAUCUAGCAUUUUCUGGAGACUUACGACCUAUGACUAUUCCAGAAUUGAUUCGGCGCUCCGAAAUUUCUGAGCGGGUAAGUCCGUCCUCUCCGUCGAUGGCUGAUAAGAUCCCUGACACCAACUUGAGGCGAUCUAGCCUAUCGGAAGAUGCUGAUGCUUCACGAAGUCCACGUUCGAGAAAUUCCAGUCCCCCAAGUGGGGGUCCGCCUGGAAUUCUACCUAUGGCUGGGUUAAGCGAGUUGCGCGACGGGGCUCAUCAUGGGCCUUCUAACGUGACAUAUCGGCUACCUCCGGUGGCGAGCACCUCUAAUCAACGAGCGAUCAACGUGGCAGACAAUAUUCUCACGCGUAUGACAGACAUGCCGCUAGCAGGCGCUGCCGUAGCUAUGACAGGUUCUCCUGUGCAAAGCCAAGAUCCACGACGACCUUAUCUGUCUGGAUCACCACCAAACAGCCGUCCUUCGUCGCACAAUGACAGUCGAAGGAACUCGUUCGAGGGAGUUGGCGACAGGGCGAACGUCAACGCGCUUUCGGGUCAGCCCAAGAUACCAGUCCAAGAAGACCUUCAACGAGGAAACCCUUUGUGCGUCUCACAGCUAGCUGAUACUUCUAUUCAGCAACAGGGAGUAAGCGGACAUAUACCUAAAGAUUUCCUUCGUGCGCCAGUAACAACUCAUGAGGGUACUUCACACCCGCGUGAACCCCAUAUUACACGUGACUCUAACCAAUCGGAUCUGCCCCCCAUAAAGCGGCGUCGUCUGCAGGCAAGUCCCACGUCGGCCUUCUCUACACUCGCAAUGAGUGACGAGGUGCGGCCAGCAUCGGCAGGAGCGCGUUCCAGCUCUCCGCUGACGGAGGGCGAAGUUCCCUCCUUCCAAGAACAGUUCAAGGCAUUCGCGAAGUUCGGAGAUUCGAAAUCCGCAGGGGAGGCCAUCACGCUGUCGAACUCAGAUAAAUGGUUCAAACAAAGCAAGGUUAUUGAUGGAAAAAAAGUCACCACAGUUGACACCGGCAUCUAUUUUAAAAAAAUUGCCAAGACAAAGAAGGCGCUUAGUCAAAAAGAAUACGAGCAGUUCCUCGAAGAGAUUGCUAAGAAUAAAAAGGUCCCACUGGAGGACAUUAAGCAGAAACUAUGCGCAUGUGGAGCCCCAGCAACGAGGAUUCAGAGCGCAACCGCAACGGGAGCUGUGGCUCGCUUAACGGAUCAUACGAAAUAUACCGGAACCCACAAACAGCGCUUUGAUGACUCUGGUAAAGGGGAAGGAAGGUCGAGUGGACCCGCCAAAGGACUCCGGCUAUGUUUCCGGCUACAAGGAGGAAGGCACCUAUGACCAGACUCACUAAAAAUGUCCAUAUAUUAACGCACACACAUACAAGCACAUUCAUAUGAGAUAACAAUAAGCUGAAUAAUAUAUGAGUAGUAAAAGACAUCCUAUCCUGCCCUAGCCAGAGUCACAUACUGCGUAGUCACUUGAAGGUUCUACGCCACGUUCCUCGUAUAUAUAUCUAUAUAUCUAUCUAUAUAUUGUCUAGUCCAAUCCAACAACCACCUUGUUAAACGCGCUACACGUCUUACUUACCCAUCUAAUUUUCUUACGAGCUUUAUACCUUGAAUCCGCUGUUCCUGUGUAUAUAUGCUGCUGCUGCUGCUGCAUACCCUAUCACUAUCAAUUUACUAGGCAGAAGGUUAGAACAUUUGCUAUCAGAUGCCUGCAUGCAACAGAAAAACAGUUAAAAAGAUUGGUUUUGAUCUUAACGGGGUCAUCCUCGAUCUCAAGACCACGUAUGCGACCUCGUCAAGGAACGCUUUCGCAGCAUCGACCAAGCGAUUCACCCCACUUCACUGAGAACAGCGGAGGAAUGACAUAUGAAUGGUAUCCAUUGAAGCCAAUCCUUAACAAUUACAAACACACGUAAGGAUAUUCGACGAUCACUGCAGUCAAGUAUUAGUGAUCGGUUUAUGUUUGUACAAAGGUGUGAAAAGUCCCGCUAGAGAAAAAUCAUCCAACGUUUGCUGCGAGUAUCUUAAUUAAUUCUUGUUGACCGAAAUCCGUUAAAUGAUAUGCGUUUUUGAAUUUAUUAUCUGAAUGAUCAUGAUUCUAUGCAAUGCGAAAAACGUUACCGCUAUUCGUAUUCCCAAAGGCAUAAACGUUUGUAUUGAUAAUAUGCCCCAUUCUCCAUCUAUCUAUCUAUCUAUCUAUCUAUGAAGCCCAACAGCGUCAAAAUACGAUAUCAGAAUUUGCUCUAUAGGCGAACCUUAUUAUAUCAAUUUAUUGUACAAUUUGGUCGUUAGCGUCCAUCGUAAAUUUUCGCCAAAGAUGCAAUAGGUUCAGAUGCCUCAAGUGCAUUUAGGUGAGGCGUCGUGGGCCCUAUGGUUACUGCCCAGCCGACAUAGAGUAAAAGCACUGCCAUGUGGAUGUCUUGAAAGAACUAUCAUAGUAAUAAUAAAGCAAUCUUUCAGUGAAAUACUUGGAUAUGAUAACAAUUGAUGCCAGUCAAGCUGACAGCUCGAAAUUAUCACGUAUGAGGAUGUCUGAUGACAAUGAAGUAGGUUAAUACUGGCACAUGAUCGGAACGGCUUGCCUCGAAUUGGGUAGACGCGGCGGCCAGAAAAACACGCCGUCAUCGUAAAAACCGAUGCCGAAGCCGAUGGUGACAGACAAUUGUGGCCUUUUUCUUAUUAUGACGCUCUUUUCAUGUAAGCAUAAAUUGAGAAUCACUCUGGGUGCCAAUCUGCGCGAUAUGAACGGCUUCGAACUGACCAAUUGAUCCCUAUACUAUGCCCCACGAUGAUAUCUUCUAUGAUAUAACUGAGGAACAGAAAAUGGCCGGGGACCGAUACAUUGUAUAUUACUAGGUUGCUGAGAACUGGGUCAUCAAAUAGCGUGAUUGAGUGAUGACGAUAUAUGGAGGAGCAUAAAUAAAAGAGCUAACAUGUAAAUGGAGAAACGAAAACAUCGCAUGGAACAAUUUCAACUUCAUGACUCAUUCUAGAGAACAUUUGAACCGAAAGGGAAAAAAAGCAGAUCAGUGCAAAAAAGAAGGUACGACAGGAAAAGAUCGUUAACGAGGAUCCGUGUUACACUUAUGAACCACAGAUUAGAUGACAGAGAAAUAAAGAUUGAUGGUCAUUUGAUAUAUAUAUAUAUAUAUAUACAUGAUGGACACAACUUACAAACAAACACGAUAGGGUUCAUGCAAGCUAAUGAGAAAAUAAAUCAAAAAUGCUUAUCGGAGA